AUCUAUUUUCAGACCAUUACUGCAGUAUAGUCUGAUAGUGCCAAUCCUAAAACUUCUCCAUAAAUACAGUAAUUUGAACAGUUCUCUGCUAUUGACGUCUGUAACUAAAAGAAAUGUACCACUUUGGAAACUAAUUGUGUUUAGACCUUGAUUCUAACCACUGAACCAACUUUCUGACAACUCAACUUAAUGGAGUUCGAUGAGGAAGCUGUCGAUAUUAAUACUGCGUCAGUCGAUGAAUUUGUGACUAGGUUGAAGGGAGUUGGACGAUCUAAAGCUCGAGCUAUUGUUCGAUUCAGAACAACUGUUGGAAAGUUCAAGAAGUUGUGUGAAUUGACUGAUGUUCCUGGAAUCACACAAUGUAUUCUAGAAAGAAAUCAAGGUGUAUUACUCUGUGUAUCAAGUAGAGCGAGCGAAAUCAAGGCUUUACACGAGCUAAGUGAUGACGAACCCCUUGAGGAAGGAGAUUUAUCCGAAUCGGAGUUGAUGUUAGCAGGUGAGAGUGAGAGGAAUGAUAAUAUAGAAUUGAAUGGGCAACAUCAAGUAACUUGGGGUAGAAGGAAUCUCAGUAGGAGUCUUUCCUUAGAAUUUCUCAGUGGAGGUAACAACCAUACCAGUAAUAACAAAGAUAUCGGAGAAGACGUCAACAUACAAAGCCUGGAAACUCCUUCAACUUCGAUCCAACAUUUGGACGACGAUUCUGAAUAUUGUAGCCAAGAUACACCAAUCAUGAGAUCUAUUCGUAGCAGAAGUCGAAGCAAAAAUGAGGAAAGGACAUUUUCAAUGUCAACAAGAAGUAACCCUGCCACCACACCGCCAAUCACAAACAGAUCCAAGGCAGGAUCUGUUUCCCUGGGCUUCCCAGAUUCAGUGGGUACUGCUGUUGGGGCUUUAUCGUUAUCCUCACAAGCUGGUCCCUCUAGAAUUACCCGCGGUCAAUCGUCAAGAUCAAGAAGAACAAAUCCAAUCACCAUUGAUAAAACUGAACGAAUAAACACCAGACGUAGAGGUGAAUUAACUCGAUCUGUAGGUAUCGCCACACCAGAUCAGUCUUCCGAGCGUGAUUCAGGUCAGGAGGAUGAUAAUAUCUCACAAUCUAGUGGAAUGGAAAUGGACUAUACCGAUAACCUCAAAUCUGCCGAAUCUGGUGAUUCAUCACACAGAGGGUCAUCAAAGCAUUUGUCUAUCACUUCAGCCGAGAAACUAACACGAAAGCCUGAUAAAACUAAAAGAAAACGUACACGAGUAAAGGAUGACUUAUACAGCCAACAACAGAUGAAGCGGAAAUUAGAUAACAGGUUGGAUCUCAGUCAUCACUUGAAUCAAUCACCAGAAAAGAAAGCCUGUAAAACCUCUAGCCUUCUCCUUGAUUCAACCCCACCAAAAAUUGAUUCAAAAUUAAGUGAAGGUGAAGUUAAAGUAAAGGAAUUAAGCCUUGCAAGGAAACUAUUGUCACCUGGUUCACCGAGGCGAUUUUCUACUGAACUUUCGCUCUCACCAAGUUUAAAUGUCCUCAAACUUCCGCCCACUAACGUUGAGGGUCUCAGCGACUGGUUAACAAAAUUUCAAAAAUGGACGGCUAGCGAUAGAAUAACAGCUAUCGACCAAUUGAUUGACGUCUGUGAGCCUCGCCAAGUUCGACAUAUGCUUGAAGUCAUAGAGCCACAAUUUCAAAGAGAUUUUAUUUCUUUGCUACCUAAGGAGCUCGGUCUUCAUGUUCUCUCGUUUCUUGAACCGAAGGAUCUUUUAGUAGCGGCACAGACAUGUCGGUAUUGGCAUAUACUAACUGAAGAUAAUUUACUUUGGAGAGAAAAAUGCGCUGAAGAGGGAAUUCCUGAACCAUAUUAUCCGAAAGUUUGUAAAAGUUCAUGGAAAGCAAGAAAAAGUAACGGACUGAUUGGAAACCCAAUGCAACCAAGUGCGUGGAAAGCUGCUUUUAUGCGUCAACAUCAAAUCGAAAUGAAUUGGAGGAACGGAGAAUUCAAAUCAGCGAAGCAUCUCAAAGGCCAUGAUGACCAUGUUAUCACAUGCCUACAAUUCAGUGGUACGAGAAUAGUCAGCGGAUCUGAUGACAACACUUUGAAAGUUUGGUCUGUUGUUUCUGGAAAGUGUCUUCGAACAUUAACUGGACAUACUGGUGGAGUAUGGGCAUCACAGAUGAGAAAAAAUAUGAUCAUCAGUGGAUCAACCGACAGAACAUUAAAAAUUUGGAAUGCAGAUACAGGCAACUGCGUGCACACACUGUAUGGUCAUACCUCCACAGUACGGUGCAUGGCUCUACAUGAUAACAUUGUUGUCAGUGGAUCUCGAGAUGCCACUUUACGAGUCUGGGAUGUGGAUACUGGUGAAUGUCUCCAUGUGUUAUCCGGCCAUAUGGCAGCAGUCAGAUGUGUUUGUUAUGAUGGAAAGUUAGUUGUCUCUGGUGCUUACGAUUAUAAUGUAAAAGUGUGGGAUCCGAUAAGGGAAGAAUGUCUGCACACUUUACAAGGACACACAAAUAGAGUCUAUUCUUUACAGUUUGAUGGUGUACAUGUUGUUAGUGGCAGUCUCGACACGUCAAUUCGUGUAUGGUCAGUUGAAACUGGAAUCUGCCUUCAUACAUUGAUUGGUCAUCAAUCAUUAACAUCUGGUAUGGAAUUGAAAAACAAUAUUCUUGUGUCUGGGAAUGCAGACUCCACUGUAAAAAUGUGGGAUAUUGUUUCAGGAAAAUGUUUAAAGACUUUGGAAGGUGCUAACAAACAUCAAAGUGCCGUUACCUGUUUACAGUUUUAUGGGAAAUUUGUUAUAUCAAGUUCUGAUGAUGGUACUGUUAAAUUAUGGGAUGUCAAGUCUGGAAAGGCCAUCCGAGACUUAGUGUCAUUAGAUUCGCGAGGAUCUGGUGGUGUUGUGUGGCGAAUAAGAGCUUCACCAACAAAACUAGUAUGUGCUGUCGGAAGCCGGAACGGUACAGAAGAAACUAAACUUCUCGUGCUGGAUUUUGACCCAGACUCAAAAUCGUAAAAAAUGCAAUGGGAUUGGUUCAUACAUUUUGCAAAAUGUAAAGUUUGGUUUGGCUGCAACAAGCAAAUCGUCGUCGGCCACAAAAUUUGGUUGAAAAGUCCUACCUAUUUUAUUACUAGCAUCAGAUGGGAACAUUGGUACAAGGUGAACACUAACAAAGCAUAUACACAUCAGAUUUUACAUUAAUAUUAAGCCCGAAUCAGUAUUAAAUUUUUUGUUUCUUAUAAACAAGAUAACAAAAUUUCCAUUGUGCUUUACACAUACAGAAGCAGGGACUCAUGUGUUUUUGUUAUUUUCUAUGUUGGCUUUUAUUUUUAAAUACUAAUAUAGCCGAGAAGGGCAUUAUAUUGUACAGUUUAUGUACAGAUAUGAUAUUUGGUUUGCGUUGUAUUUAAAUACACGUUUGUGAAAAAUCUACAAUUAAGUAUGUCUAUAGAAUGGGUUGUUGUUUCUUAUCUGCUUGGUUUGGUUUGAAAUUCAUUUUUAAUAGCAUUGUUGUUACGACAAAACAUAGGUUUUCGUUAUAUGGAAGGUUUCAGCCAUGAAAAUUCUACCUAGAAAAUUCGGAAGAAAUUUUAAAAAACAAGACGUUAUACAAUUAAUUAAUUUAAAAAGGCAUCUUUAUGGAGCUUAGGGAUGUAUAACCUCAUUAUUUCCCGGGUCAAAUAUCACAUGGAAAAAAAUUUCUACGGCUGGAAUUUCCAAUGUAUCAGAAUCUCUGCAGUAUAUCAAAGACAACUCUAUUAUUAAAUUAGACAUUCAAUUUGCAUUUUUUUUUAAAUUCAUCAAAUGUUUUUGAAGAUUGAAUUAAGCCUUCUCUCAAACUCUGAGGAAAGAAUAAUAUAGGAUAGAAACACUUGGUCUUGGUGUGAAUUAAGAUAACCACUGCGCUGUUUUUUUAAGACAGGGUAUGAUUAACAAUUGUAACGCUAUUUCAGUUUUCAUCUCUGCGAGUAUAUAUCAUCCACAUAUAUGUUAGUAAUUCAAGUUCAAACCCUUUUCUUCACUUUUUUGGGAGAAGAUAAGUGCGCAUGUUUUCAAUCUCUUCACAAAUCAUUCAGUCCUGACUAACUUUGGCUAUUGAGGCUUGUCCCAAACAUGGUAUUUGAUCGAUUAAUCGUAUUGGGGUAAUAUAGACCCAAAUGUGUGUUCAUUUGGACUCUUAAAGCCACUGUAUGUAUUUUGUGUUUGGCACAUCACAUGGUCACGUUCAAUUUGGCAUUCCUUUUCACGAAAUUGCAUUCCCACUGAUUUGAUCACCAGUAAAAUUGUGUAUGUUCUUGUGAGUAUCUAUUUGUUGGAAUUAUUUUCAUACUAAGCUUGAAAUGGUAAUUAUUUUCCCUUGGAUUUCAUCUCACUCAAGAUGGUAUUAAUAAAUAUGGUGGGCUUUGCUUAAUAAAAAAUUGCAAUCAUUCAAAUACCUAACACCUCCUUUUCACGCAAAUAGAUACUGGCUCAUUUGGAGCUAUGGUGCAUCUUCAGUUUGCCAUAUUUUUGAGUUUUUUCCUCUGACGUAACUGCUAGAAUCCUACACCGAACAUAUAUAAUAUUAUGUUUUGUGUUUGACUGCACCAAAGUAUUUGUGGCAAUUGCUGUCUAAUAUAUUGCUCAAAUUUUCGGUCAGUUCCUUCAAGUUAUCAAAAUGUUUCAUUUUUCAUAAUCCUAUGUUAUCUUACUCAUUUACAACUUUUUGUUUUAUUUUCAAUUUAGUCGUUUUUGUUCUAUGACAUAAUAUCGCACAUAUUUUUGCAUUUGCUUGUUUUGCUUUUUUGUUGGAUCAUCUACUGCAGUGUCACUCUCCUGAAAUGAUUUUUUUAACUAGUGGGUUUUAAUUUGAUUGUUUUUGGAAUUUUCUUCCCAUUUUCAAUACCAUAUUAACAGCUUUAUUAUUGGAUUUGGAAAUCCGUCUAUAACUUUGAAAAGUCUAUAACUUUUUUGCCCAAGUUGCUCUGUUCGGGACUAUACCACUAUUUUCAUCCAUGUUAUUUAUUGUAUUUGAAUAUCGGGAUUGAAGUGAAUUUUAGUAUGCGGAACUUUCGAAUCCCCGCUGAGGCUAUCUGUUCGGAAUAAUUCAACAGUGAUUGUUAAUGUUUAUUAGAAGAAGUUCAGAACUUAGUGAGUGUUUGGGUUCAUGUUCUUUACCUUAUUUCAUUUAGCUUUUUUUUUUCAUUCAUUCGUUGUCCUGCAUCGCUUUUUCUUGUGCAAUAAAAUCUUCAAAACCGAUUAAA